AUGUUCUUUGCAGGGAUUCAGUCCCAUGCACGCUACACUGCAGAUACCGGAUUGAUCAAUGAGAAUGAUACUAACAACUUCACAAUACCUAUGUUCCCAGAUGCACUGCCAGCAUGGUUUUUCUUAACAUUGCUACCAAUGUUAUCUCUUAUAUUCUGUGUUUUCGGUUUGAUUGGGAAUGGCAUGGUUUUAUUUGUGCGAAAGCGGAUCAAGCAAAGUAUUCAUAAUAUCUACAUCAUAAAUUUAGCGUCUGCAGAUUUUCUGUUUUUGCUUGGAGUGCUUUUUCUAAACUACUUCAAUACUACGAAACAGUGGGUUUUCGGGAGUACAAUUUGUAAACUUGUAGUAGGUAUAGAUGGAAUGAAUAUGUUUACAAGUAUUUUUACAUUGACUAUUAUGGCUGUCGACCGUUUUGUUGCAGUGGUAUAUGCCGUCUCUUCCAGAAAUUAUCGAACAGAAUCAGUUGCUCGUAAAAUUUGUCUUGGGAUGUGGGUGCUGUCAGCCACCACAGCCUUGCCAUUAUGGAUCCUUAAACGUAAAUGCAUCAUCGCCUUUCCUAUCCCCGAUUCAACUGGCAUCAGAUUUGUAUUUUACAUGUAG